UGUAUCGCAAGGCCAGAGACAGUGGAACAGUGAUAGGGCUGCCUGCUCGAGUCUUGCGUUCUUACUGAAUGUAUAGUCAAUUCCUCCUCCUCGAUUACUCACAUGCAGCUUUCUUGGCUAAACGAAAAAACUGCUAAAGGAAAACAGCUUCUCUCAGACCUCCAACAGGAUCUAAAUGCAAACAUAUUUUUUUGCCAACUAGUUAUAUCUUUAGAUUUUCUUGAAAAGCAUAGGCUACAUGUGUAUAGAGUUCGAUAUAAUCAAUACCGCUCUAACGCCAACUUGGACACUGAAUUUGAGUUCAAUGACAAACUGACAAGGAGGCAGCUACAUGGACAUUCACGCUCCUACAAGCUCAUUGACGCUGUUGUGUUCUGAUUUUUUAUCUUCCUUCGAUUCGUGUGGAAAUCAUGUUGGUACAGUUGAUGAUUUCCAAUAGAAGCAGUGGCAGUGUUCAUUGAUCGAGUUAGUAUUGGUCGGCAAAGGACUAAUUCAUUCGUUUACUAAUGCCCUGCAAAAUGUUUGAAUCCAAAUACCUCUGAAGAAAUAGAAGGGAGCAGUAGCAGACCCAUGCAGGGCUUCGAUAGUUGGUACGUUUUUCAUUCCUUAGGAAUUAUUUUGCAAGUGGCAUUUCUUCUCGCAUGAUAAUACAAUAAUAUAUUUAUAUGCUGCAUAUAAUUAAUUAGCAUUAGUAAAACGAUUCCGUCACUUUAAUGAAUGAAUUCUAUGUUAUUAGAGAGAGAUGCAGAGAUUUAGAUAAUGAUCUCCAUUGGCAGAUGAUGCGUAGCGUGGAGAACACGUGUCCAUUUUUGCAUCAUAUUUUUUUCUGAUCUGGAAUCCUUCCUUGUCACACCAAGAAGGGAAAGAAGCUGACUGCCAAUGCACGGGCUAUAGAUUUGCGUUUUAUGGAAAUCUUGGGUUUCAGAUUUGAGGAAAACACGUAUAACAUCAUCCCCUCUCCGGCAACUAUGCUUUUCCACGGCCUCCCCGGAGGCGAAAUGCACGUUGUUGUGGAAGAAAUGGACCGGAGAAGAAAGAGCGAAUCUGCAGCUAUCAGUUCGGCCAUAGAUAUGGGAGAAUCUGAAACGAACAUGUCGUGCAUGAACAGCGACAGGGUGUCUUUGUGCGCGGGCUGCGGCGGGAAGAUCGCUGACCGCUACUACCUGCUGGCAGUGGACAAACAGUGGCACAUGCGCUGUCUCAAGUGCUGCGAGUGUAAACUCAACCUCGAGUCCGAGCUCACCUGCUUCAGUAAAGAUGGAAGUAUCUACUGCAAGGAAGAUUAUUACAGAAGGUUUUCGGUCCAGAGAUGUGCCCGGUGCCACCUCGGGAUCUCGGCCUCAGAGAUGGUGAUGCGGGCCAGGGACUUGGUGUACCACUUGAACUGUUUCACCUGCACAUCCUGCAACAAGAUGCUAACGACUGGGGACCACUUUGGCAUGAAAGACAGUCUGGUGUACUGUCGGCUGCACUUUGAAAAUCUCAUACAGGGGGAAUAUCAGACACAUUUCAAUCAUGCGGAUGUAGCCUCUCACAAAGGACUGGGACCUGCCAACGCAUUGGGACUAUCCUAUUUCAACGGUGUGGGGAGUGUGCAUAAAGGGCGGCCCAGGAAAAGGAAAAGUCCCGGGCCAGGAGCAGAUUUAGCAGCCUACAAUGCCGCACUCAGCUGUAAUGAGAACGAUGGAGACUCUAUGGACAGGGACUCUUACAGCUCCAGUCAGAAGACCAAGCGCAUGCGGACCUCCUUCAAACAUCACCAGCUGAGGACCAUGAAGUCCUACUUUGCCAUAAACCACAACCCAGACGCCAAGGACCUGAAGCAGCUAGCCCAGAAGACUGGCCUCACCAAGCGUGUACUCCAGGUCUGGUUCCAGAACGCUCGGGCCAAGUUCCGGCGGAACCUGCUGAGACAGGAAAACACGGGUGUGGACAAGACCUCAGACGGCUCCACCCUGCAGGGGGGCACGCCCUCCGGACCCGCCUCCGAUAUCUCCAACGCCUCCAUGAGUCCUUCCAGCACCCCCACCACCCUGACAGACCUGACCAACCCCACCAUGCCCACCGUCACCUCCGUGUUAACCUCUGUCUCGGGCAGCAUGGAAGUCCACGAGUGCAGGAGCCCGUUGCAGACCACCCUGACCAGUCUGUUCUGAUGCCCCCUUACAGACUGACCCCUUCAGCUUCAUCUGAUGCCCCCGACCCUUUAAACAUCCUCACCAGCCUCAUCCCGAGCCCCC